UAAAUAUCAGCUCAGUGUUCAGAUAACAGAACAUCAACAACAGACAUUCAGUCACUUCAAAGUGUUACAUUUGUAAGUUUUAAAGUUAUUAAUUUGUGAUUUUAUAACAAAAAAAUCUUACUUUCAUGUAAGACUUAUAUUUUUGACAGCACCUGAAGGCACCGCAGGAGCCCGCCCCUGAGCUGUGAUUGGCGGAGAGCUGGUGUCGUCAGAGGAGCAGGAAACAAGCGGAAACCAGCAGCGGUGAUUGAGAAGGAGAAGAAGAAGAAGAAAAAGGCUCCAGACUUUAUAAAGCGAGCACAGAUUAAAUCCCUGAAACAUUCUGAUCCACCUGCUGCAGAGAUGGGGGCUCAGGCCUCGGCGGUUGAAGGCGUGCACGUGGUGGUGGUUGGCGGCGGGUUCGGCGGCGUGGCGGCGGCGCGGCAGCUGCAGGCUGCAGGACUCAGCUUCACGCUGAUCGACAUCAGAGAUUGUUUCCAUCACAACGUGGCGGCGCUGCGAGCGGCUGUUCUGCCCGGUUUGGCUGAGCGGACGUUCAUCCCGUACGCCGACACGUUCGGGGACAGUUUUGUUCAGGGACGAGUUGAGCGCGUGGACGUGGACAGACAGACGGUCGUCCUCGACGACGGGACGGAGGUGGGGUUCUCUCACCUGGUGCUGAGCACCGGCAGUGACGGAGCGUUCCCCGGGAGGUUCAACAGCGCCGCCAGCCGGCAGAGCGCCGUGCAGGAGUACCAACACUUCAUCACACAGCUGCAGGCUGCAGACUCUCUGCUGGUUGUGGGUGGGGGCUCCUCCGGUGUGGAGAUGGCUGCUGAGAUAAAGUCGGAGUAUCCGGAGAAGAAGGUGGUCCUGAUCCACUCUCGGGCGGCGCUGGCCGACCCCGAGCUGCUGCCGAGCGUCCGUCAGCAGGCCAAACAGCUGCUGCUGCAGAGAGGGGUGGAGCUCCGGCUGGGUGAGAAGGUGUGUGACCUGUCUGCGCUGCAGCUGAACGUGACUCAGAAGAACUCGGUGGUGACCACGGAGCGCGGAGACAAACUGACCACCGACCUGAUCGUCUGCUGCACCGGACUCAAGAUCAACACCACCGCAUACGCCUCCAGCUUCUCCGGCUGUAUGGCUGAAAACGGCGCUCUGAAGGUGAACGACCACCUGCAGGUCGAAGGAUUCUCCAACGUCUUCGCUAUCGGCGACUGCGCCAACGUCAACGAGCCCAAGAUGGCGUACCACGCCGAGCUGCACGCCGCCGUCGCCGUGACCAACAUCAUCAACAGUCUGAGGGGGAAGGAGCUGACGUCAUAUCACACAGGUAACAUCACCAUGUUGCUGGCGAUGGGCCGUGACGAUGGCGUGGGCCAGUUUAACGGGUUCAGGUUGCCUCGUUGGCUUGUUGUUCUGGGGAAGAGUCGAGAUCUGCUGCUGUGGAAGAGCUGGAGGGAGAUGAGGCAGAAACAACCCUGAGACACACACACACACACACACACACACACACACACACACACACACACAUGCCUCUAAUUGAUUAAUUGAUUUGUUGUUCAGCAGCAUGUUACAUACGAUGACAGACAACGCUCUCUUAUUUUCACUCGCAGGUUACAUAUUAUAAACAGAUAAAUCUCUUAUUUUCACUAGCAGGUUACAUAUUAUAUACAGAUAAAUCUCUUGUUUUCACUAGCAGGUUACAUAUUAUAAACAGAUAAAUCUCUUAUUUUCACUAGCAGGUUACAUAUUAUAUACAGAUAAAUCUCUUAUUUUCACUAGCAGGUUACAUGUUUGCAGAUGAUGUUCACUUAAACAAAACUGUGCUUCUCUACUGAAAAAAAUACCUUUUUUUUUUUUUACACAUUUUAUGUAUUUUCAAGACCUAAACAAUCUAUAUUAGUUGAAAUAAACUGUUUCCAGAAUAUGUUUACCACUCUACCUUGCUGUCAGACAGCCCUGUUGGAGUUGACGCGCUGGUUAACUAAAACACUUCUUCCUUGCAGGAAGUUUUACUGGAAGACAGAAGUAUACUUUAUACUCCAUCACAAAACAUCUUAAUUUCAGUUUAUGCUUCACUGAAACACUUUAAAUGAUCCUGUUCAAAGUUAGAACACCAGAAGUUGUCAUGCUGUUGUUUCUGUUUCAGAACUGAUGCUGUGAAAGAAAUUGUAUGAAAUUAUAUUAUUGUAUGUUAAACUGUGUCUGUGCCAAUUAAACAUUAGUGAAACGUUU